CCCUGUUUGAUAACAUUGGAGACACGGAGCAGAGACGAGGGCGGUUUAAUUCAGUCAUUAGCUGCUUGUUCUCAAGUAGCCCGAAGAGGAUUACAUCACACAUCAGUAAAUCUAAAACAUCAACGUUUUUGGACAGCACAUCCCCUCCGCGUCUGCAUCCAGUGCUUCUUCAGUGUUCGUGCUGUCGGGGUGAUGUCAGCAGCCUGUCUUGCGCGUCUGGGAAGGUGCGGUGUGCCCCAUGCAGGUCGCAGUGGGCUCUUACAAAUGGCCCUAGUCGCACUCCCAUUCCAGCAAGACAGCCACCUCCAGUUCACAAUCUCCCGGAGACAUCUUUACUGCCCUUCAGGAAAAAAACACAGCAACACACGCUUCGAUCCCGACAGCAGUGGCCGCCCCACUACUUGGGAUUCAUUUGGUAUUUGGGACAAUCGUAUCGAUGAGCCCAUCCUGCUGCCUUCUAGUAUCCGCUACGGUAAACCCAUUCCCAAGGUUAGCCUAUCUAGGGUUGGCUGUGCCUCGCUCAUUGGUCAACGCAAGGAGAACGAAGACCGCUUCCAGGUCUCCCAAAUGACUGAUAACAUCCUCUACUUUGCUGUGUUUGAUGGGCAUGGUGGGCCAGACGCUGCCGACUUCUGUGACAAAUACAUGGAAAAAUUCAUCAAGGACCUUGUGACAAAGGAGGACAAUCUGGAAGUAGUUUUAACAAAAGCCUUCCUUGAAGUAGACAAAGCUCUUGUCAGGCACUUACACUUCUCUCCAAAUGCACCCGGGAUGAACGCAGGAAGCACCGCCACUGUGGCGCUUUUGAGGGACGGCAUUGAGCUGGUGGUGGGCAGUGUGGGCGACAGCCGCGCCAUGCUGUGUCGCAAGGGCAAGGCCUAUAAACUCACUGUCGACCACACUCCUGAGAGGAAAGACGAGAAAGAGAGGAUAAAGAAAAGUGGGGGUUUCAUUACCUGGAAUAGUCUGGGACAACCAAAUGUCAAUGGCAGGUUAGCCAUGACGCGCAGCAUCGGAGACUUUGACUUGAAGAACAUGGGCGUCAUUGCCGAGCCUGAGACCAAGAGAAUAACGUUGAGCCACGUCCAUGAUUCCUUCCUGGCACUGACUACAGACGGCAUCAACUUCAUUAUGAACAGCCAGGAGAUCUGCGAUGUCAUCAACCAGUGUCACGAUCCCAAAGAGGCAGCACAGAGGAUAUCGGACCAGGCUCUUCAGUACGGCGCAGAAGACAAUAGCACAAUCAUCGUGAUACCCUUCGGUGCGUGGGGAAAGCAUAAAAGUUCAGUUCAGUUCUCCUUCAGCCGAAGUGUCGUGUCCAGCGGGCGCUGGGCGUAGACGGCAGGAUGUUGUAUGAAAAGGUGUGGUCUGUGGACCUUAUCAAUGUGUGCAAUACAAUCGAACAAUGGUGUCCUUGUGAAAACAUUAUAAAGGGUGGGGUUUGCCCAAACAAUAAUACCAGAGGGUUACAAGACGUUACUUAGAGUAGCAUGAUAUUUAUUUGCAUCUGAAAUAAGUAGCGGUAAAUUCAUGAUGUGCACUAAAAGCCUUGUAAGCCUCGUAGGUGCUAAAAGCUGAGAAGUUUCUGAAUGUCAGGCAGAAAUUCAUAACGCGAGCCGUCACUUAGCAAACAUGUAGCAUGCUCUAUAUGGGCUAAGAUUUUAAGACUACUGCUCUCAACUGUCUGCCAUUCAGAUGUUUUCUUUGAUCUAUUUAAUAGUUCAUAACACCCAAAUUUGCACUUGUUUUAAUUUCAAGGUGAAAUUUACUUUUUCAAAAACAUUUUACCAAUUCUUAAAUAAUCCAAUAUAGCAGUCUUAAAUUUUGGACAGUUUUUCAGUGUUAACAUUUGGACUAAAGAUU